GAUCCGCCUCUUUACGUCACUUUCAGCAGUUGUUCUGUCAGCGGAACCUUUAUGUUGCGCUGCAGUUGAAACCGGACUUAAAAAACACACAAAGAUGACGUCUCGGGUUAUGCAAGCGGCUCGAUGCCCCACAGACGAGCUGUCGCUGACUAACUGCGCUGUGAUCAACGAGAAGGAGCAACAGUUUGAGACGCACGUGGUUGUGCGCAAUUCGGCCCACAAGUUUGUGUUCACCUUGAAGACGCAUCCCAGUGUGAGCAUCGGCACGAUCGCCUUCAGUCUUCCCCAGAGAAAAUGGGCAGGCCUGUCGAUUGGACAAGAGGUUCAAGUAACAAACUACACGUUUGACAAGUCCAAACAGUGCAUAAGCACCAUGACAGUGGAAAUUGACUUCCUGCAGAAGAAGAGUGUGGACAGUAACCCCUAUGACUCAGACAAGAUGGCCAGUGAGUUCAUCCAGCACUUCAACAACCAGGCCUUCAGCGUCGGCCAGCAGUUUGUGUUUAAUUUCUGUGAUAAGCUGUUCGGCUUGCUGAUAAAAGACAUUGAGGCCAUGGACCCCAGCAUCUUAAAGGGAGAAAACUUUUCUGGCAAGAAACCGAAGAUUGACAUCGGUUUGUUACUUGGAAACAGUCAGGUGAUUUUUGAGAAGUCGGAGACCUCAUCUGUGACCCUGAUAGGGAAGUCUAAGACCAGAGAGUCUCGCCAGUCCAUCAUCAGCCCAGACUGGAACUUUGAGAGGAUGGGAAUCGGUGGCCUUGACAAGGAGUUUUCAGACAUCUUCCGUAGAGCCUUCGCCUCCCGAGUCUUCCCUCCAGACAUAGUCGAACAGAUGGGCUGUAAGCAUGUGAAGGGAAUCCUGCUGUACGGACCCCCGGGCUGCGGUAAAACCCUGAUGGCGCGACAGAUCGGGAAGAUGCUAAAGGCCCGCGAGCCAAAGAUUGUCAACGGCCCCGAGAUCCUCAACAAGUACGUCGGAGAGUCCGAGGCCAACGUCAGGAAGCUGUUUGCAGACGCAGAGGACGAGCAGAAGAGGCUUGGCGCCAACAGCGGCCUUCACAUCAUCAUAUUUGAUGAAAUCGACGCGAUCUGCAAGCAGCGUGGCAGCAUGGCCGGCAGCACGGGAGUCCACGACACCGUCGUCAACCAGCUGCUGUCUAAGAUCGACGGAGUGGAGCAGCUCAACAACAUCUUGGUCAUAGGAAUGACCAACAGGCCUGACCUGAUAGACGAGGCCUUGUUGAGGCCAGGAAGACUGGAGGUGAAGAUGGAGAUCGGUUUACCGGACGAAAAGGGCCGCAUCCAGAUCCUCCACAUCCACACAGCAAAGAUGCGUCAGUUCGACCUGCUGGCCAAAGACGUGGACAUUAAGGAGCUGGCUGUGGAGACCAAGAACUACAGCGGUGCUGAGCUCGAGGGUCUGGUCAGGGCCGCACAGUCCACUGCCAUGAACAGACACAUCAAGGCCAGCAACUCGGUGGAGGUGAACAUUGAGACGGCGGAGAAGCUGCGGGUCAGCAGACUUGACUUCAUAGCGUCGCUGAAUAACGACAUCAAACCUGCCUUUGGAACCAACCAGGAGGACUACGCCAGCUACAUCAUGAACGGUAUAAUCCGGUGGGGUGACCCGGUGUCGGCCGUCCUGGAGGACGGUGAGCUGCUGGUGCAGCAAACAAAGAACAGUGACCGCACUCCCCUGGUCUCUGUUCUGCUGGAAGGCCCGCCUGGCAGCGGGAAAACGGCGCUGGCUGCUAAGAUUUCCGAAGAUUCCCAGUUCCCCUUCAUCAAGAUCUGCUCCCCAGACAAGAUGAUCGGACACUCCGAGAUCGCCAAAUGCCAAGCCAUCAAGAAGAUAUUUGAAGACGCUUACAAGUCCCAGCUGAGCUGUGUGGUUGUGGAUGACAUUGAGCGCUUGUUGGACUUCGUUCCGAUCGGCCCUCGUUUCUCCAACCUGGUGCUGCAAGCGCUGCUGGUGCUGCUGAAGAAGCCCCCUCCGAAGGGUCGUAAGCUGCUCAUCAUCGGCACCACGAGUCGUAAAGACGUCCUCCAGGAAAUGGAGAUGUUGGACGCUUUCAGCACCACCAUCCACAUUCAGAACAUCUCGGGGGGAGAGCAGCUGAUCGAGGCCCUGGAGCUGCUGGGCAGUUUCCAAGAGAAAGAACGGGCGAGCAUAGCUAAAUCUGUGAAGGGCAAGAGCUUGUGGAUCGGCAUAAAAAAGUUGCUCAUGCUGAUUGAAAUGGCUGUGCAGAUGGAUCCCGACUACAGAGUUAGCAAGUUCCUGAGUCUGCUCAAGGAUGAGGGGGGCCUGGGUUCUGAUAAGUUUGUGGCGAUGUAGACUCCGCGGAGCCACGCAGUGAAAAAGAGGCACCUUCAACAUUGCUGAGGAACGGAAGCCUGAAAGAGACUGGCAGGAGGAAGCAAGCGAGAGAUAGUUUCCAUCACUCUCUGCAUCCUUCCUCUCCAUCCCUGAAGCUCUGUGUGCUUCCCUCUGCACUGCAGCUUUCUGCAGCACACGCCAACCAGGCCACCACCUCCUCCACAGAAUUAUGUGUAAAAUUAAGAGAAACCCGCAGUGUUUGUGGUAACUGUGCAUAUUGCAUUUCCUCAAUGCUGUAGCCUCUUUGUGAUGCCUCUUGCACUCCACUGGGAUUAUAUAUAUAUAUACAUAUAAAUACAUUUAUAUGUAUAUAAAAGAGUCAAGGCAGAAAAAAAGAUGCACUUGAAUGGAAAGUACGUGUGCAUGCCAAACACUAACUGUAAUACUGUUUGUUUAUAUCCACCUUAUUAAUCCAAUCAUUCCAUGAGAUCUCACUUUGUUCUUAUUUUCUGCAUUUGUGACUUUUUAUCUUUUAAUUGUGCUACUAAAAAGACAGCACCUGAAACAGAUGAUCAAAUUAAUCCCCCCCAGAUGUUUCAAAGGGAACCCAUCACAUCGCCUCAGAGUCUCUGAUUACAAUACGUCCCGUUUAGCUGCGAAACUUUGUAAAAUAAAUAAAAAAAAUGCAUAAAUAAAAGUCCUCUCACUUUUCCUCAGUGCAGCUGAAAUCCCUCCUGCUACCUCUGAGAAAAUAAAACUCCCGUUACGUUCAUGAUCACGUGUUCUUUUUAGGUUCUGUUAUAAUUAUGGCUUUGCGUAAUUACCUCCCUUAAUGCGAGAGAUUGGUCUGCAUUGAGCCAUGAUCGUACAGCUAACGUGGCGCAUCAGUGUGAGCUGCACUCAAAUUCACCCUCGUGCUAAAAAUAUUCUAAUUGUGUUACAGCAUGUGGAUUUCAUUUUCAUAUCCACGUAUCCUUAAGUUAAAUUGAAUAAUUAGGGACCGAAUCUGGUCAGUUAGCUGUAAAUGUUGCAUAUGUGCUCUUUUUUUUUUUUAUGAUGAAUAUCUCAGCUAAUUAUACAGAGUUGUUGUGUACUGCAAGUUAACAUUUCGUUCUUGAUACUUAACUGGAUGUCAGAUGUUUUCUUGGUGAUUUUUCUUUUUUAAAAAGGAGCGUAACCAACGAUGUGAGUUGGAGGCUAAUUUCCCCCGAAACAGAUGGACACUAUUGUCUUUAUCAAAUGUUACAUAAACAGAGAAAACAUUCUCAGGGACUAUUUUCAGCUGACUAUUACUAAGCAGACUAAUACAUGUUUGAUUUGGAUUUGCUUUGUGAGCGGGACAUUGUCCACGGGAUCAAACCUCAAAUAAACUGCAGCGUCUGUUCGCACUAAUGAAGGAAAAUGUCAUCCAUUGCAACAUUUUGGCUCAUCGAUGCGUUUCUGGAAAACAACGGAGCUCUGCGCCUCGGUCUACACAUGCACUACACACGCCGGUCGGGGAGAUCGGGUCAUUGUUGGAUUUGGUCUUUUCACGGAAACGCACGCAACAAGAACCAGACCUUCAGUGGCUCGUUGUUAGAGUGACGGCUCCGAGCAUUAUUUCUUCCACCUGAAAUCGCUCUGAUCAGAGAUUACGAUUUGAACUUUUUACAUUUAUGGCUGAAUAAAAUGAUCUGAUGAGA